GUCAAGAAGGGUUGGUCCUCAAGUCAACACGCUCUCAUUUUCGCUUUGAUUUGUUCAGACUCUAGAUAAUACUCGUCUCUCUGUUCCUAUACAAAUACACAAAAAAACACACACAGAAACUCAGAGAACGUUUCCUACGAAUUCUCGAAAUCCCAGAAAUCAAUUCCACCUUGAAAACAAAAUUCUAUAUAUAACGAAAAAUAAUUUUAAAAAAAUUAAAAGAAGAAGAAGAAGAAAAGUCUUCUUCUUUUUUCAUGGCCUAGUUUUGGGAGCCAGAGAAAGCAAUGAGCAAGUCGAAAAAUUUCGUUCAAAAUAUGUUUAAGCAUUUCAAAUUCGGUUCAAGCAAAGAGGCAAGCAAUGAAGAAGACUUGGAGAAGAUAGCUCAACAAGAACAGAAGCUAUUUGCCUUUGAGACCUUAGUUGCUGCUACUAAAGAUUUUCACAUAACUCACAAGCUCGGUGAAGGUGGCUUUGGACCUGUUUUCAAGGGGAAGUUGGAGGAUGGGAGAGAGAUUGCAGUGAAGAAACUCUCACACAGCUCGAACCAAGGGAAGAAAGAGUUCAUGAAUGAGGCUAAGCUGUUGGCACGUGUCCAGCAUCGAAAUGUUGUGAAUUUGUUGGGGUAUUGUGUCCAUGGGGUGGAGAAGCUACUUGUUUAUGAGUAUGUCGCUCAUGAGAGCCUUGACAAGCUUCUAUUUAAAUCAAAUAGAAGAGUGGAACUUGAUUGGAAGAAGAGGUCUGACAUAAUUGCUGGCAUUGCUCGGGGCUUGCUUUACCUUCAUGAAGACUCGCAUAAUUGCAUCAUCCACCGAGACAUCAAGGCAAGCAAUAUAUUACUCGACGAUAAGUGGAUCCCUAAGAUUGCUGAUUUUGGCAUGGCCCGUCUCUUCCCGGAAGAUCAAACACAUGUUAACACCCGUGUGGCUGGUACCAAUGGGUAUAUGGCUCCAGAGUAUGUCAUGCAUGGUCAUCUAUCGGUGAAGGCUGACGUAUUCAGUUUUGGGGUUCUUAUUUUGGAGCUUAUUAGUGGCCAGAGGAAUUCAUCGUUCAAUUUAAAUGUUGAUGCACAAAAUCUACUUGACUGGACAUACAAGCUUUACAGGAAGGGAAGGCACAUGGAAAUCAUGGAUCCCACAUUGGCAUCAUCAGCAGCCACCGAGCAAGUAGCAAUGUGCAUUCAACUAGGGCUGCUAUGCACACAAGGUGAUCCUCAACUACGACCCACCAUGCGACGUGUGGUGGUAAUGCUAUCAAAAAAACCUGGCAAUCUGGAAGAGCCAACCAGACCUGGAGUACCCGGAUCUCGAUAUAGGAGAUCUCGCAGGCCUCCUGGACUAUCAUCCACUGGUGGAACUUCUGGUGAAUCUGAUUCCCGUACUUUUGAUUUGAGCUAUUCUACUGCAACUGCAACCGCAACUGCAUCUGCAUCUGCAACUGCAUCCACAACUGCAUCUGCAACUGCAUCCACAACUGCAACUGCAACCACUUCAGCUGCCCCGAAAUUAGACCCUCAUGGGAAACGUCCCAUGCAAAGUUAGUCUUCAUUCUAAGAGGAGAUUUUGUAAUUCUUUGUCCAUUAUAGAUAUACAUUGCUUAUCUGUUUAUAUGUAAGUAUAUAUAGUUGGAAAUAGUUAACGAAUGCGGUGCAGUUUUGUUU